GAGCUGCUGAAGGUGGAACUGUCCAGUGCUGAUGCUCUUCAGAGGUGCACUCGGCUUUAGCUCCUAACAGCUGCCGCCAACAACAACAAAAUUACACUCAUUUUAAAUGAUUAUGUGAUAUGUUACGUGCUAUUUAAAACGGUGCCCAGGAGUUUAUUUUGUCCUGGGUUGUUUUCAGUUUCAAAGCUUCUUUCGCCUAACCAAUGCGAACGGACCGUACGGGCUGAACGGCUGGCAAGCGUCGAGACAUUUUGAUUGUUUGAUUGAUGCAUUCCUCUGCAGACUGCGGGGUGGACGACCAGAUCUGCUGACCGGAGAGAAAGUUUCCUUGGAUAAAAUCAUACACGAUGGUGGAUGCGGCUGAAUGUUGUGUGAAGGUGAUGUGCCGAUUCAGGCCACUUAACGAAUCGGAAAUCACUAGAGGUGACAAAUACAUACCGAAAUUCAAAGAAGACACCGUGGUGAUAUCGGGCAAGCCAUAUAUCUUUGACCGAGUCUUUCCUCCGAACACAACACAGGAACAAGUAUAUGAUACCUGUGCCAAACAGAUUGUUAAAGAUGUGCUGGAAGGCUAUAAUGGGACAAUCUUUGCAUAUGGCCAAACCUCAUCAGGGAAGACACACACUAUGGAGGGACAGCUCCAUAACUCACAACUGAAGGGCAUCAUCCCUCGCAUCGCCCAGGACAUCUUUGACCACAUCUACUCUAUGGAUGAGAACCUGGAGUUCCAUAUCAAGGUCUCUUAUUUUGAAAUCUACCUGGACAAAAUCAGAGACUUGCUUGAUGUUUCCAAAACCAACCUGGCUGUCCAUGAGGAUAAGAACAGGGUGCCAUUUGUCAAGGGUUGUACAGAGCGUUUUGUGUCCAGUCCAGAGGAUGUCAUGGAUGUGAUCGAUGAGGGUAAAUCCAAUCGUCACGUGGCUGUUACAAACAUGAAUGAGCACAGCUCCCGCAGUCACAGCAUUUUCCUCAUUAAUAUUAAGCAGGAGAAUGUGGAAACAGAGAAGAAACUGAGCGGAAAACUCUACCUGGUGGAUCUUGCAGGAAGUGAAAAGGUCAGUAAAACUGGAGCAGAAGGAUCUGUGUUGGACGAGGCUAAAAAUAUCAACAAGUCUCUCUCUGCUCUGGGGAACGUCAUCUCAGCCCUGGCUGAAGGAACCAAAACCCAUGUGCCAUACAGAGACAGUAAAAUGACCAGGAUCCUACAGGACUCUUUGGGUGGGAACUGCAGAACAACCAUCGUCAUCUGUGCCUCUCCCUCUGUAUUCAGUGAGGCUGAGACCAAAUCCACGCUCAUGUUUGGCCAGAGGGCCAAAACCAUCAAAAACACAGUGUCUGUGAACAUGGACCUCACAGCCGAGGAAUGGAAGAAGAAAUAUGAGAAAGAGAAAGAGAAGACCAGAAAUCAAAAAAUCACCAUCCAGAGGCUAGAAAAUGAGCUCAAGCGAUGGCGGAAAGGUGAGACUGUACCUGUUGAUGAGCAGCACAGCAGUAAGGAAGUAAAGAAUUCUGAAGCCGCUCCCAUAAUUGACACUUCGGCUCCGCCCCCUGAGCCUCUUUCUGAUUCAGAGAAAACCCAGUAUGAGGAGCUGAUCAAUGACCUGUAUCAUCAACUAGAUGACAAGGAUGAUGAGAUCAACCAGCACAGUCAGCUGGCAGAGAACCUGAAGCAGCAGAUGGUGGAUCAGGAUGAGUUAUUGGCAUCCACACGGCGUGACUAUGAGAAGAUCCAGGAAGAUCUGAGCCGUUUGCAGCAUGAGAACGAGGCAGCUAAAGAGGAGGUGAAGGAGGUGCUUCAGGCCUUAGAGGAGCUCAACCGCAGUAAACAGCUUGAGAGCACACAGGCCGACACAAUGCGUAAAAUGCAGGCCAACGAGAAAGAGCUCGCUUCCUGCCAGCUCCUGAUCUCUCAGCAUCAAGCAAAGAUCAAAUCCCUCACCGACUACAUGCAGAGCAUGGAACAGAAGAAGAGACAGCUGGAGGAAAGCCACGACUCCCUGAUGGAGGAGCUCGCUAAACUCCACGCACAAGAAAACAUGCAUGAGGUGUCAGUCCUGGAUAAGGAAAAGGAACACAUGAGCAGGAUACAGGACGCUGAGGAGAUGAAGAAAGCCCUGGAACAGCAGAUGGAAAGCCACAGAGAGGCUCAUCAGAAGCAGCUCUCACGUCUGCGAGAUGAGAUCGAAGAGAAACAGAGGAUCUUGGAUGAGCUGAAGGAUGUGAACCAGGCUCUUCAGCUUGAACAGAAGCAGCUCAUGUCUGACUAUGAAAAGCUGAAACAGGAGGAACAGAAGAAGGACGAGAGGCUGCGGAAGCUUCUCUUGUUGAAUGAGAAGAGGGAGCAAGCUAAAGAAGAUCUCAAGGGUCUGGAAGAGACUGUGGCCAAAGAGCUCCAGACUCUCCACAACCUCCGUGUGCUGUUCAUCCAGGACAUCAAUAAUCGCAUUGGACGAAGUGCAGAGUUGGACACUGAUGAAUCAGGGGGAAGUCUGGCACAAAAACAGAAAAUAAUUUUCCUCGAGAACAACCUGGAGCAGCUCACUAAAGUCCACAAGCAGCUGGUACAUGAUAAUGCAGACUUAAGAUGUGAGCUGCCCAAACUGGAAAAGCGCUUGCGUGCAACUGCUGAGCGUGUGAAGAUCCUGGAGUCUGCUCUGAGAGAGGCCAAAGAAAGCGCCAUGAGAGACCGUAAGAAGUACCAACAGGAGGUGGACCGUAUCAAAGAGGUCAUCCGAGCCAAGAACCAGGCCAGGAUGAAACACACCGCACAGAUCGCUAAGCCUAUUCGUGCUGGACAUCAUCACUCAGUGGCUUCUGCCUCACCGGGCCACAGUGUCAGAGGGGGCGUCCCAAGCCCACGACGACACCGCUAGCACCAACCGCAGCACCAUCACAGGAGCAAGUGAAAAACACACCACGAGACAAAAAAUAAGCGGUCUGAUACCAGUCUGCACAUUCUUUCCUUUCCAGCUAUGUGUGGCAACAAGAAGACGUCUUUUUCCAAUGCAGUCUGUUCUAUUCAAUGAGGGGGGGAAAAGAACUGCUGUCAUCUUAUAUUAAGACUUUUCAAGUUCACUUCCUGUCCUUACCAUGACCUCCAUGCAUUCAUCCUGUUUAAGUGGAGAUUUGUGGACUCAUCUAUGAAUAAACAAAACCAGACCCACAAAC